AUGAUGGAAUUUGAUGAGUACGAAUAUUUAGAGAAAACAGUUGAUAAUUCUGAGCUUAAGAACAAGAACCUAAUUUCUAAUGGUGGGGAAAAGAAUUUGAAAUCUGAUGAUAGAGUUCGUAGUAGAAGCUCCAAGCAUAAGGAUAGUGAGAAGGAUGAUGAUGAUGAUGAUGUUGAUAAUCGUUUCAAGCAUUUAAAAUCGGGAGAUGGUUCUCGUGGUUAUGAUAGGCAGAAAGAGAGAGGCUCGUCUCGGCGUCGUUCAGGGUCUAGAGAUGGAGACAAGGAGAACGAUCAGCGGAGAAGCUCUCAGGGUAAUGGGGAUAGGAAGAGAGAUAGGGAGAGAGAGAGUGAGAGCAAGUAUAGAAGGGAGAGAGACAGAGACCAGGAGGUUGAAAGAGAGAGAAGGAGUCGAGGGAGUGAGGGUGAAAGAGAGAGAGAACACUCUCGGAGAAGCAAAAGUAUAUCGGAAAGGAAUCGAGGUGAUGUGGAUAAGAGAACCCGAGAAACAAGUCGUGAUAGAGGAAUGAAAAGGGACACAAAGGAUUACAGAGACAGAGGAAUGGGAAGGGUCACGAAGGAACCAGAUAGAGAAAAGUUAGAAAACAGAAAUGCUGGUGAGGGAGUAAUGGACUAUGCUUAA